AUGGAGCUCCAACCACAAAAAUUGGGACUAUUGAGUCCCAUUGUUAUACGGUGUAAAAUCUUAAUACAGGAAUUAUGGAUUCAUCAACUGGGUUGCGAUGAUCCAUUGCCUCCACUUCUAAACCAAUCAUGGAUACAAAUUCAAUCUGAUUUGGAAUAUCUUAACCACAUUGAAGUGCCAAGAUAUGUUUUAACAUCAUCAGCUUGCUACAGUCAGGUGGAGUCACGUCCCAGUAAGCAAAACCCAGCUGAUAUAAUAUCUCGAGGCUGUCGAGCAAGCGAGCUGAAGAAUUCGAUUUGGUUUUGUGGACCAAAGUUUUUGUCGCUUCAAUCAGCAGAAUGGCCAAAAGAAACAUCAAAAACUGAAUUUCUCGCAAAGGACCUUGAACAACGAAAACCUACAGUCUUGAAAUGUAGCAACAAUGGUAUCGAUGAACAUAUAAUCAAUAAAAUUAUUGACGAUUUUUUCUCAUUUCGUCGUAUUGUUCGAAUAAUAUCAUAUAUCUUUCGAGUCUUUAACAAAGUACCAAUAAACAAAACUCAAACCGUAAACGACGUGAGUCCAAUUACAGUGCGUGAAUUUCGAGAAUCAUUUUGGCGUAUUAUAUCACACCUUCAACAUUGUACAUAUCGCAGUGUAAUAUUAUCACUUCAAUCGGGUAAAAUCUUGAAUCCAGACUUGCAAAAACUAAACCUCUUUUUGGAUAAAACGGUCACUACAAGUGGAACAUUUAAUAUAAUUCGAGUAGGAGGACGAUUGACCAAUGCACCAAUAGGCUUUGAUGCAAAAUUUCCAGCUUUAUUGCCACGUGAUCAUCGGUUUGCUCAAAUUUUUGUGGAAUACUUACAUUGUAAACACAUGCACGUUGGACCUAAGGUUUUAAUUAGUCUAAUACGCUCUCAAGUAUGGAUAAUUAAUGCUCGGGAAGUAGCUCGAAAGGUAGUGCGUAACUGCGUUCACUGUUUCCACUAUAAACCGAAGCUGUUACAACAAAUCAUGGGUUCGCUGCCAGCCGAUCGAUUAGUUGCAAACCGACCAUUUCUAAUAUCAGGAGUUGAUUUAUGUGGACCAUUUUAUACCACAUAUCGUAUUCGUAGUAAAGUUCCAUAUAAAACUUAUAUUGCAAUUUUUGUCUGCUUUUCAUCAAAAGCAGUUCACACAGAAUUAAUAUCAGAUUUAUCCACUAAUAAUUUCAUUCUAGGCCUAAAAAGAUUCAUAUCACGUCGUGGACUGCCGCAGCGCAUUUAUUGUGACAAUGCAACAAAUUUCACUGGCGCGCAGACACUAUUAAAUAAAUUUAAAGAACAAUUUUUCAGUCAGCAAGGGCUUAGAGAAAUGCAAGAGUACAGCAACAAUACUGGAAUUGAGUUUAAGUUCAUUCCGCCAAGAGCACCUCAUUUUGGUGGACUUUGGGAGGCGUCGGUGAAAUCUCUCAAAACAAUAUUAUUAAAAAAUUUGGCGCAAUCUAGCCUAACUUACGAAGAAUUACAAACCGUGAUUAUUGAAGCUGAAGCGAUUUUAAAUUCCGGCCGAUAA